UCUGACGUACGCUGACGUAUGUAAGUUGUGCAGAUUGCAUCAGCAGUUCAGAGAAGUUCGUUCACUUUAUAUGUGACGUGUACUGUGAGUAUAAGGCGUGGUUAGGGAGGUAUUGAAUAGCUUUGACUGUUUUGACGUUUGUGAGGAUUUGGUUCCGUAUAAGAUUUAGCAAGUUUGUUAAUCAGGGGUGUACUGUAAGCGUGAUAAUAUAAGAGCUCGAGAAGAUACAAGAUGGCAAUGGAAGACGAUAAGCAAAGUCCAAAAGAAUUAAGAGAUGGGAACAUACAGUUAGCCUUGAAGGAAAGUGGCGACCACCUGCCGGACAGAAUGUUGAAAGAUGAAGAACCAGAUGAUGGUGCUGACGAAAAGUUGGUUAACGAAGAUGGUCUGUUAAAAACAAAUCAUGAUUGUUCGGAAGUAAAAUAUAUCUCCGUUGAUUCCCAGAAUGGUGAUGCGAAAGUAGAUGUGGAAAAUGUGAAAAUUGCAUUUGCUGGCAUGGGCAAGGAAGAAUUGAUGAAAUUUGCAAAUGAUCCUUUCUGGGUUCGUCUUAGAUGGUUCCUCUUCGUAUUGUUCUGGUUGCUUUGGAUAGCAAUGCUAGCAGGUGCAAUCAUUAUUAUUGUUAUGGCACCGAAAUGUGCCUCACCAGCUCCGUUAAAAUGGUGGGAACAGAGCCCGUUGUAUCAGGUGUUUGUGCCUGCUUUCAAGGACGGAGAAGAAACUGGAGAUGGAAUUGGAGAUCUUAAAGGCUUGCAGUCAAAACUUGAUUAUAUUAAGGAUCUUGGAGUUAAGGGAGUUGCACUUUCAUCAAUCCUAAAAGUGUCCACUGAUGGAUCAGAUGAAGCUGUUGAGGAUUUCAAGGACAUAGAUCCUCGUUAUGGGACUCUUGCUGAUUUUGAAGCAUUGGUUGCAUCUUUGAAAAGCAUGGGUCUCCAUCUGGUCCUGAGCUUUGUACCGAACCACUCAAGCAGGAGACAUCCCUGGUUUGUCAAAUCAGAAAGUAAUGAUACACAGUACAAAGACUAUUACAUCUGGUCUUCUGACCCUCAAAAGUAUGAUUCAGAAGGCAAACCAGAACCACCAAACAACUGGAAAAGUGUACGGGGAGGCUCAGCUUGGGAGUGGAGUGAAGGAAGGAAAGCAUUUUACUUGCAUCAGUUUGGCGUUGAUGAACCUGAUCUCAACUUCACCAACCCUGCUGUUGUAGAAGAAUUUAAGGAGAUAUUUAUGUUCUGGCUUGAUCUGGGUGUGUCUGGGCUGCAACUGGAGAAGGUUGAGUAUCUCCUGGAAGAUCCCAGUAGGCAGGAUGAAGUCCCUAGGGCUCCACCUGGUGCAACCCAUGAUGAAUAUGACUUCUAUAAUCAUGCAAGAACAGUGAACCAACCAGGAAUUGAGGAUGUUCUGGCAGACUGGAAGAAAGUUGUUCUGAAUUACACAGAUGGCACAAAGAUGCUCUCUGUUGUUGGAAAUGUGCUUGUAGAAUCUCUUGUGGAUCAAAAGAGCAACACUUCUGAUGUUCUUGUUGAUCUACUGCAAACAAAUAAAGGAUUCCUUCUGUUGAAAAAUGGUUUUAAUGCAUCUGAUCUUAGUAAGGCAAUUGAGAAGUACCUUGACAAACUUCCUAAUAAUACACGUCCAACUUGGCAGCUAACUCCACCUCUGUCAUCACGCGUUGCAUCUCGCCUGUCUUCUGAUUUCGUGGAUGGACUCAACAUGAUAGCCAUGCUUUUACCUGGAACACCCAUCACUCUUUAUGGAGAAGAGAUUGGUAUGGCAGAUGCCUCGGGUAUUGUAGAGCAUCCCACAAGAUGUGUCAUGUCAUGGAGUAAUGCCACUAAUGCAGGUUUCAGUGAUUCUGCUGCCCCGGCUUACCCCACCAGUAACAACUAUGAAACCGUAAAUGUCAACUCAGAGGCAAGCAUGGCUGGUAGCAGUCUGUCUGUAUACAAGGAGCUGGUGGAAGCUCGCAGCACACCAUCCAUCAUGUAUGGUACGAGUGAACUUGCUGUCAUCAGCAAUGACACAGUGUUUGCAUUCACAAGGAUUUGGAUCAAGAGUGGUAACCCUGGGUACUUGGUUGCUCUCAACACAGCCGAUAAAGAGAUCACUGUCAGUUUUAAUAAACUGAAACAUGUGCCAGAGGAACUCAACGUCUUGAUCAAGAGCUCCAAUUUCAACAUAUCUGGCAUCAGAGCAAAGUCAAAACUGAACAGGGAUUCUGUUCAGCUAUCAGCUAGAGGUGCAUUGGUUGCAACCUUCGUCCCUAAACUGGAGUAGGACAUCUCUUCUUAUUUUUAAAAAUAAAAAAUUAUACUUUUGCAUUUAAUUUUAAUUUUAUAUAUUGAAGGUAAUUUAUGAAAUGUGCAUUUUCAUUGUGCUCCAUUCUUAAUAUGAAUUUCAGACAGGUGAAUAUCUGUAAAUGUGAAACAGGUCAUUCCAAUUGUAUUUAAUCAUUUUAUUAUGAUUAGUUAUAGUCUAUACAGUAAAAUACAGCAGUUUCAGCAAUA